AUGGCCAUCAGCAAGUCAAGAAGAGAGUUUUCAGCUGAUACUCUCCCACCUGCUUACUUGCCUUGUGAUGACCCGGUGACCCAGGAUGGCUCUCAACCAAUGGACACAAACAUGAUAGUGCCUUCACUGUGUUCAGAAAUCAACAGAGGAGAUGUUCAGUCAUUUGCUUAUGAGGAACCAAAAUACUGGUGUUCCAUUGUCUACUAUGAGCUCAGCAAUCAUGUGGAUGAAGUGUUCUAUGCCUCCUCCACAAGUGUGUUGGUGGAUGGUUUCACUGAUCCUUCCCACAGUGAGAACUGUUUCUGCCUUGGGCAGAUCUCCAGUGUUAAACAGAAUUCCACUAUUGAAAAGAUAAGGCAGCACAUUGGAAAAGGAGUGCAUCUUUACUAUGUUGGAGGGGAGGUGUAUGCUGAAUGCCUCAGUGACAGAGUAUUCAUGCAAAGUUGGAACUGCAACUACCAUCAUGGAUUUCACCCCACAACUGUCUGCAAGAUCCCUAGUGGGUGCAGCUGGAAAAAUUUUAACAACCAAGAAUUUGCUCAGUUGUUGGCACAGUUUGUGAACCAUUGUUUCAAGACCGUCUAUGAGUUCACAAAUGUAUGUCUUAUAUGCAUGAGCUUUGUGAAGGAAGCCACCCAUAUCUUAAGAGGUGGCAGCCUGGUGCCUGUAGUCAACAAUAACUUCGCUGCUGACUGUCUGCCCACCUCUCUAGAGAUGCACUUGGAAUAA